GGACCAGAAUGAUUUCCCUUCAUUGUUUUAAGGUUUCAUUCAAAUAUUCUGCAUGCCAGGAAAAAGGAUAUUUCACUUCUGCUUUUCUCCCUUUGCUGCUGCUGCUAGAAUUUUUUUUUUUCUUUUUUAAACUUAAACUAGAAUGUGGCCAGUGCUUUGGCAUUCUGUGGGAAUUGUUCUACUUGUUCAUCCCCAGGGACUAUGCAUGUUGCAGUUGCAAAAGGUGCACAGUGUAAAUAAAUAAAUAAUGCAUCAAUGUCUCAGAGUCAAAGCACGUGUUCUUCUAACAGAACAUAUUAUAUGGGGGAGGUCAGGGGAAAACUCUGGCCUUGUGCCCAGAUUUCGGUGGGAAGUAAAGCACCUAAAUCCCUUUCAGGAUCUGGCCCAAAGUCUAUUAUUCUUCGGCAGCUUAUUUUAUUAUUAUUAAUGCUGCAAUUGUACUGCAUUGUUAUCUGGGCAGUUCACUGUUCUUGCAAUAGUGUCUGCCCUCUGAUUUUGUGUUAUUACCUUGUUUUUUAAGUCAAUGUGCAUCAACCUACGAUGGAGCCUUGCUCCCGCCAUGCAUCUUCCCUGUGGUGUGAUUAGUAGAGCUUUGCUGAGCCAAAUGCCGUUCUGGCGGUAUAGGCGCACAUCCUCUCGCGGCAGCAGCGGAGAUCAGCACCCGCUCCCCCAGUGCUCCCAGGCUGCGGCCUCUCGUUCCUGCCUCUCCACUGGAAACCAAAAUUUCUGCCCCCUCUCAGCUGCCUAGGUCACGUUUCCCAGCAUAAAGGGACCAGAUUUAGCCAAGAGUUACUAUGUUCUUUAAUUGAUCCAGCCCGUUUUGACUGGGAUGGGUGAAGGGACCAGCUGCAGGAGCUGCUGAGCUGGCAGACAGGACGGCGGGAGGCCCUUAGAGACGGCGAUGAGCUCUCGGGGAUGCACAAGCAGGGUUGUUCUGCCAGGAUAUGGCUCCUUCUGACUUGGUUUCUGCCAGGCUUGUCCCCCUAACAAACUUGCUUCCAGUGCAGACUUUAGCCUGGAUCUUUCUGUUGUUCUCAGGCUGGCAAUGAAAUACUGUUGAAUUUGAGGCUACACGGCCAAUUAUAACAGCAGAGUGACAGUAGAGCAGAUGGGACCUAAGGCAAGGCAUCUAGCCAAGUGCCAAGCAUGGUCAAAGAGGGCUUAUUACUGAGAAUUAAAGGUACUUGCUGUGUUCAGCAACAUAAUCUCCUGCUGCCGCUGGACAUCAACCCCAAAGCAGCCAUGGCCUGUGGUAUCCAGGCUGAGGAGUGGAUUCUGGUGACUUACUGCUGCCUGCAGGUAUCCCUGUGCCAGUGUUUAUGGGAGAGGACAGGCAACAACAAGGAAAGUCAAUUUUUACAUGACUUAAAAUACAGACCAGUAUUUUUGCACCUGUAUGUGUGUGCCUGUCCUAACUGACUCCCUCCUGUGAAUAGACUUUUGUCCUUGGUAGCAGAGGGUCCAAGGGAUCUGUUAUGCUGGCUGGUAAUAAAUUUCGCCCCAGUGUUUGUCAACACAGCAAAAGGAAGUUGUGAUUAAAGUGGCAUAUGCUAUACUCUGACUGAUCAUGUGUCUAGUAGCAUGAAAAUGGCAUGAGUUUAGCAUGUGCUAGGAAGCAGAAAACAAGACCUCUAGGUCUUCCUAGUAAUAAAUUCUGUAGUAAUAAAUUUAAAUUGCUACAUUGGUGAAGCCUGUAGUGUCACAACUUCAUAUUAUUAGCUGUGCUUGACAGAUUAUUAGGGGAAGGUCAUCCAAGUGCUACACAAUCACAUCCUCAUUUUAUGGGGUAGGCUAUACAGUGUUCUUGUAUCCGAGUUAGGAUGUUUGUGGUCUGGAUAGAUGGAAGGCUAGAUGGGUGAAAAACUGGAUGGUUGGGCUCAGGGAGUAGUGAUUAAUGGGUCAUGCUCUACCAGGAAGGAAGCUGGUAACAAAUAGGAUACUGUAGGUGUCUGUCAUGGGACCUGUCCUGUUUAACAUCUCUGUCAGUGACCUGAAGCAGGUCGCAAAGUGCACUUUUGUCAGAUGUGCAGAUGUUGACAAACUGGGAUGUUCUGUUGAUAUACUUGAGGGCAGGGCUGCCAUCCAGAAGGACCUGGAUGGGAUGGAGGAAUGAGCCAACAGGAACCUUAUGAAAUUCAGCAAGGACAAAUGCAUCUGGGAAGGAAGAGCCCUUUGCAGCAGUACAGGCUGGGGAGUGUCAGGCAGGGGACAGCUCAGCUGGAAAGGCCUGGGGGGGGGGCAGUGAGCUGAACACGAGCCUGUAGUGUACCCCUGCAGAACAGCCUCCUGGGCCGUAUUCACAGGAGCACAGGUAGUAGGGUGAGGAGAGAGCUUAUCCCCCUCUGCUCAAUCCUGGUGAGAUUGCAUCGGGGUAUGGUGUUUGCUAUUUCAACCUGAAUUUUCCCGUGCUUGUUGUUCUGAUAAGCAAUGAAAGGAAAUGUUGGAGCGAUGGGGCAAGGCUUCUGUUGCCAUAGCUUCAGUGGACAAAAUUCUAUGGAAAGUGGCUGACCUCACUACCAAGCACUACUAGUAGUGAAGGAGUGAUCACGGGACAAAGAUGUGGCACCCCACCAACAGUCUCAUCUGCUCUUCCCCACAUCCCGCUCAGAGCUCUGAUGGUGUAAACUCAAGUUUAACAUGUUUUUGCUGUAAAAACUCUUUUAAGACCUGUUGUCUUCAGUUCAAUCUUGUGGUUUGGAGUAAUUCAUAUUAGGCUUGUCUCAUCAUUCGAGGUGAAAUUUAAACGCACCGUGAACGAUUGUAUCGGCACGUCUGGAGAUGAUCAAAGAGAAGUACACUUCUGAAAGCUGUUUGGUUAGUUCUGUGGCUCAGUCCAUGAAAGCAAACAUGCACUGCCCUGUGCAAACACAGCACAAAAGAGUUGCAGAUUUCUGCAGACUUUGCUCUAUGGACUUUUACCCACACCUCCUGGGGAACCUCAAUUUUUGUUGGACCACAGGGAUAUAUGUGAUAGGGACUAGAAGAUAUGGAGGAUGAUAGUGGCUAUGGUCGCUUGCUAUCCUGGAAAUGGAACUGGGUAUGUUCGUCAUGUGGACAAUCCGAAUGGCGACGGGCGCUGCAUCACCUGUAUUUAUUACCUGAAUAAGAACUGGGACUCCAAGCUGCAUGGUGGAAUUCUUCGGAUAUUCCCAGAAGGAAAGUCCUAUGUAGCAGAUGUUGAGCCUAUAUUUGACAGACUACUUUUUUUUUGGUCAGACCGAAGGAACCCACAUGAAGUCCAGCCUUCUUAUGCAACCAGAUAUGCCAUGACUGUGUGGUAUUUUGAUGCUGAAGAAAGAGCCGAAGCCAAAAAAAAGUUCAGGAACUUGACUGAUGCAAGGAAGAGAGAAGCAGCUCUUCAUGAAGACUAAUCAACUGUUUCUGAACUCUUUAUGUGAAAUAAGAUCCCAAAGAUGACUUCCAUUUCCAGUGAACCAUGGCACAUUCUUGUUAAGCACAAGAAUGCACUGGUUGUGUCUGUCUAGCAUGUGCAUCUUACCUUGAUGGUACUUAAGGCAGCCUCCUGUCGUGUCUGCAUCUGGCAGAAGGAACCCUCAUUUUCUGUUUGCCUUCUGCUAGAAAAAGUAACCAGGGUUUUAACUUUUAAAAAAAAAAAAAAAAAAAGUGUAUCUCUAAGCCUAGUGGUGGUAGUGGCUCAGCCGACUGGCUUUUGAUCACUCUGGUAACCUAGAUAACGAUCAUUAGAACUAGUGGGAAAAACAUGAGUCUUAUUUGCACUUUAUGGGGGGGGGAGGAGCUAAAUAGGAAGGAGCUCUACAGGUUUAAAAUCUGUGGCAGACUGAUGGGCAAGGAGAGAUAUUGGAAAUGUGAAAAUAAACUGGGUUUUUUGUAGAGUCUCAUCUUCUGUUAUGCCCCAUGUGGGCCCAGUGGACUGUUCAUCACUUUGCUGCACAGAACAUUGGCUUAGCUCUCCUGUAGCAUAACUUUCCAAACAGACUUUUGUCCACAUAGUGAUUGCAUUUCCUGGAUUUUAUUCACUUUAAGUCAAGUCGUAACUGUGCAGUUGCACUACCCUUUCAGUCCCAAGACUGAGGGGGAAGUAGGUAUGCAUCUGUCCACAAUUUUGUAAAAACACUUCCUUUCUGUUCUGAGCUGGAUUGAUUGUCUCUUUUCUGUUUUCAGUUUAUUUGGUAAAGCAUUUGGUUUCUCCCAAAGGUUUGGUAAACUUGGAAAGCUGAUGGCACAAAAUGCAUUGGUCCUGAAGGCUGACAGUAUGUGGAGUAAAAUGUUAUUUUAAUAGCUUCUCCAUCUACUAUAUUUUGUAUGACAAAUGUGAAUCUGAGAGAAAGAGAUAUCUCUGGCAGCCUGACAAAUGUAUGAUAAACAAUGAUUGACUUAGACUUGAUUUCUGUGCUGCUUAUCCUAAGUUCACACACUCUGUAACUUUAUUAGCAUGUGUAUGUAAUUUGAAUGAAACAGUGAUUCCGUUUCAAUUGGUCUGUUACACCAGGUAACUACUACUGUUGUGUUUGAGCAAUGAGAUAUACCAAGGAUGAGAGUUAGUCAUAUGAUACGUUUUUGUGACACAAAUGGCAGUUAUGCAAGUGCACGUUUUUUCCUUUUUUUUUCUUUUAACUUAUUAGACUCGAUGAGUAACUUGUGAGUUAUCGCCAAUCUGCCUAAGCUUCUACAGCCAGCACUUACUAUGCAGUUCAGAAUAGCUCUUAAUGAGGCUGAGAGCUAGCAGUGGAUGUAUUUAUCACUCACACUAAUUAUUCUCAACCUAAUACUCCCAAUGUAUACGCAUGCCCAUGCACUUGUUUUUAUCCCGUGUUGUCAGCGUAUGCCAGACCCUACCAGCCAUUUCAGAUAUGCCCUUUCCAGCGUCCUGUAUUUUUCUCUGCCACCUGCCCACAGUGGCUGAGUUGAAUGGUCUGUCUAACCUGCUAGUCCCUGAAUCAGCUCAUCACACUGUGUGGGGCUGUCAUGCCAGUAAUGGGCCUGAGAGCCACCUCUGUUGCAUUUGAGCUAGGAGAUGAAAAGGUAAUGUGCAAUGGCAAACUUGAACAUCAGCAACGGAUGGGUAACAGCUAUAUAAGACAGAAAAGAAGCAACUUUCCUGACAUAAAAAAUACUAAGAGAAAUGGAGGACUCCUAAACUAAAGGAGGGACAAAACCCUCUUUUGUCCCUCUUAUUUUGAGGGACAAAACUGCUUUUUUUUCUCGAAUUCUGAAUGUAAAUACACUAGUACUCUGACUUCCUCCAGAGAUCCAGCUGCAGUCAUUUGGAUUAGACUUUAGCCUCACCACUGAGCACCUUAACAGGGGAAUAUGAGGGAAUAUGUGUGACAGAUUUAUUUUUAUGACUGAAGACUAGAAGACGACCAAUACUCUGCUAAAUCUCCUUUUAAGUUAGAAAGAAAAAAACAUUGUUCCACUAUGGAUAUAGUUAAGUAGCACAACAUAGACUUGAAGGAAAUGUAACGAUAACUUGAAAUUCUCAUUCUUCAAUGUUUGUGUGGGAGGAGAAAAAGGAGAAAAAAGUGUUUACCCAAGAGCAAGCAGUAACCCAGGAAAGGUAGUAGGUUGUGAAUUCUCUGAGAAGGGCAGCUGCGGCAUUGUUGUUUAAAAGGGGAAAAAAGAAUCCCAACCUGUUUUAUUGCUAUGCCAAGUUGGUAAUGACUUGUACAUUAUAAAGACUCCUACAAGAUUUUAAAAGGGGCAAAGACAGUUAAAGCAAAACGAAUCUUGCUUCGUCUUUAGAAAUUGUAAACUUAAUAGUGCACUAGAAAGACAUGUGUUAGUACAAAUCUCACUGGAGCCUCGAACAAUGGAAAAAAUGAUGGAGUGGGAGAGGAAAGGACUUAGAUAAAGUUUGGGAAAGAAAGGUACUUUGGUUACCACUGUUGCUGCCUUCUAGCAUGAGAAUUGGUCAGCAACGCAUUUGGUAUGUGGAGGGUGGAACAGUAUAGAUGCAUUUAUUGUAAAUAAAGUAUAUAUUUCCAUUUCUAGCCUAUAUCUUCCUGAUCUAGAUAGAGGACUGAAAGCAAUUACUCUGUGGCAGAGAGCAUUUUUUUCUUUAUUAACAUGUAUAAUUAAACAUCACAGAAUUUUGAAACCAGUUUCUCUGCCUCCAUUCUAGCCCUUUACCUCAUUUCCAAAUCAAUGGGAAGAUCUCUUUGGAGACAUGGUAGGUUGAUUGGGGGAGGGAGGAGUUGGGGGGGGUUGUUUGGACGUGUAGGAAUCAACAGUCUUGAUAUUUUCUACAUAGAUUUUUGCCUACCUGUCUUUGAAAUAUUGCAAACUGCUCCGCAAGCUGAAGUUAUCUCAAGAACUGUGUGGGCAGCAAAGUGCUUCAGUACAGGGGCAUUUCAAGGAAAUUCCUUCCAGCUUUGGGUUUUGUGUCUUCAUAGCGACUGUUUGAAACGAUGGCUAAACAGCAUUUGUCACCCAGUUGUGAAAGACUGCUUAUAUGUGCCUUCAUUCAUAUCUAUGAAGCUGUUACAUGCCAAACGUGCAAGUCAUGCAAGUUUGUCAUGGCCCUUUAAGAAACAAGGUUGCCUUUGCAAAUGCAGUUGCAUGUCAAAGUAGGGAGUAUUGGAAGAUAUACAGAGCCACCCAGCCCCAAUUUCCAAUAGGAGUGUUUGUUGUGUGGGGAGGAAUAAAGGCAGGAGGCAGUACUGAAAAUCAAGAGACUAUUUGUAUUCCUAAACCAAUAACCACAGACUUACUGGCCUUUUGAGUAAAGUAGUCUCUAAUAAAUAUUUUCUGUAACCUCCUUUUGAUUCUGUGAGGAAUGGCUUCUGCAAAGUAGUGUUCGAGAAGAUCUGGUCUGUUUUUUGUCCUUAUAUCUUUAAACAGUUUUAGUCCAUUCCUGUUAAGUUUUUAAAAUGUUGGAAUAUAUUAUACAUUUUUUGUUGUUGCAAAAUAGCUGGCUCUAACACCACUUGCAUCUAGAAGAAAAAGUAUCUAUUUGCAGGCAAAUAACUAAUUUUAUUUUGACUGUGAUGUACUCCCAGCAGCUAUCUGAGAGUGAGUUACAACUACAUCUUGUCAGGUUGUAUGCUGGUCAACAAUGCUGGCACUUUGCAUUGGAUUGUUAUGGAAACAUGUAAUAGUAUUUUACCAUCACGUUUGUGUUCUUGUUACUUC